GUUUGACUGAGAGCCUGCAGGAGUGGUUUGGCCUGUUGUGAGCAAGGGUGGGACUUUCCACCCUUGUUUGUCCUCACACUCCAAUCGGCAAGAGGCACCUUGUUUCAUUUAUGAGCACCUAAAGCCAAGUCCUAUUUGAGGGGACUCAACACAGUGAAUCACCGCAGACUUGUGCCAAUAUGAAAGGACACAGCUGAGGACAUUUUUUGGGACAUGGUACACACUCUGAAUGCAGCAUACUGUAGCUGUCUUCAGUGACAACAGUCCUGCUGCAGGUUGACUACGUGCUGUGUGGCUGGAGGCUACAUGGCUUCAGGUGGAGCAGAGGAGGACGAUGGAGGGAUUCCAUUGGACAUUGACAACGUGCACAUGCUCCUCCAAGUGGAGCAUGAGCAGAUUCAGAAAAGGACCUUCACUAACUGGAUAAAUGCUCAACUCGCUAAGAGAUGCCCUCCCUCGUUUAUGGCGGACCUCUUCUCUGACAUCAGAGAUGGGUCACAGCUGCUUGACCUGCUGGAGGUGAUGAGUGGUCAACCUAUGAAAAGACAAAGGGGCCGAGGGGUUUUCCAGCACAGGGCCAACAUUGAGACAGCACUGAACUUUCUCAAGAAAAAAUCUAUCAAACUGGUGAACAUAAACAUCCCAGAUAUCAUAGAUGGACGGCCCUCCAUCAUCCUUGGACUUGUGUGGACCAUCAUCCUCCACUGUCAUAUCGAGGAGCUGGCCAGCACUCUUGCCUACAACUCCUGUCAUUCCUCCCUCGACUCUCUGGCCAGCCUGGACUCCUUUCCUGGCAGCCCCAUCCCAGCUAGUCCAGUCCCUGCAGGCCGGACGUCACCUCUCCACAGACGCUUUCGAGUAUCCGCCAAGAAGGCCCUGCUCAUGUGGGUCAGGGACCAAUGCAAAAAAGUUGGUUGCUCCGUCAGUGUGAAGAACUUCAAGUCGAGCUGGAGAAGUGGAGAGGCCUUCUUGGCCAUCCUGUGUUCUCUCAGACCACAGCUGGCUGAUCUCUCACUGGUUCAGUCCAGAAGCAACCAGGAGAACCUGGAAGAGGCGUUUCACCUGGCCGAGAGGGAACUCCACAUCCCCCGCCUGCUGGAGCCCCAGGAUGUUGAUGUUGAAGACCCUGAUGAGAAGUCCAUCAUGACUUACGUGGCCCAGUUUCUACAGUACUCCAAUGACAUGCCGGCACCUGAUGACCACCUGCAGCUGUUUCCUCUGGUCCAGCCCUUUUCUCUCUCACCUGUGAACUUGCCUGCUCACUUCACUCCAGCAAUCGCUGUUUCCCCGUUACACCAGGUUUCUCCAAGUGAGCGAGCACUAAAGGUGACUUGCUGGCUGCAGCAAGCCUUCGAGGAACUAUCAGAGGCAUGGACAGCGACAGAAAAAUCCAGCUUUGCAGAAAAAUAUCAUGUGUUUCAGAACGUUGCUGGUUCCUUCACUGAGCAAAGGAGACCAGUGAUGACCCUCCUUGCGGCCAUAAGACGCUGUCCUGAGCUGAGCCAAGAGCAGUGUGCUCUCAGAACAGCGUGGGAUCGUCUGGAAGAGGAGCUGCAGAGAUGUAAAGCAGACCUGGACUCCAGCCUUCCUCCUCCUCUGAACUCAGUUGUCACGUGGCUGCAGCGUGCAGAGGCAGCGCUGACAGAAGAGGGAGGAAGAGUGGGAGAUCAUGCAGAUGCUGCUAAAGAAGCAAGAGCUCAACAAGACGUGCAAAAGUCAUUAAUGAGAGAGAUGAGCCACCACGUCAAAAUCCUUGAUACCUUUCUCAACAUGGAUGACUCAGGGAACGAAGUAGUGCCCCCUGAAAAGUUUGAUGAGAUAAAAAGACGUUUAACCAAUAUCCGAGUCACUGCCAAGUAUCAAGGGAUCAAGUUGGAGUACCGGGAAUGCCGUCACACUGUGCUGGAUCUCCUGGGCCGCAUCAGUGCUAAGCUUCAGACCUGGAAAGCUCCCUACAGUUCCCAGGAGACAGUACUUUUGCUUCUGCAGGACUGGCAUGAAACAGUGGAUCGCCAAAGCUUGCUGUUAAUCUUGAUGGAUGCUCUCCAAAACCUCAAGGAGAAGGCGAAUGCUUACAACAGCAAGGCAGCGCUAGGUAACGACUCCCAGCUUGUUACUCGUCAGGUGAAGGAAGCAGAAAGUGAAGCUGAAUUGGCCACACAGGUUGUGACGGCAGUGAGAGGGACGAUGGAGAGAGUGGUGUCUGCGUGGGAGACUUACGACAAGUGCCUCACUGCUCUACAGACAUGGCUGGCACAGGAGAUACAGUCGAGCACCCAUUCUCCUGCUGCGGGGACGAAGGACAUGAGCGAGUGGACAUCAUGUCAAGCUAAGUUAAACGAGGCGGGGAACUUCCUCAUUGAAAUGACGGAGCCUUCAACCAGCCUGGCUCUCGCUGAGCACCUCAGCAAGGUCAACAUGCAGUGGGCUGAGUGCAUGAAGAGGACAGUGUUUGGGGUGUCAUCGGAGCCCAGUGUCAGCCCCAUGUGUCUUCAGAUGGUGCAUUCACUGACCCAGGAGGCCAGCUGGCUGCUGAGGCAGCCGCUGGAGGUGGCCUCAGUCCCACUGAAGGCUAACAGACAGAAACUACAGCUCCUGAGCAAAAGGAUGGUAGAGGUGGAUCUUUCAUCUCUCAGUCCAUCCCCAGACUCUCAAACAGCCCACAUGGAGAACCUCCAGCAAACUCUCCCACAGAUGGUUGUUGAAGCCGAGAGGACCUGUGGAGAGCUGCAGCAGGCUGCAUCCAGGCUAGAGGGCCGUCUAGCUGAGCUGGACCACUGGAGCACAGACGCCCUGGACUGUUACCAGCACCUAAAGGAGGAAAAGCACAGAGGACGCUCUUCGCUGGAACCUACAGCCAAAGUGCUGAUAUCUCGAGGCAUGCAGCUGGAGAACCAGGUUGUAACUGAGAGACAGGAUCUGCUGGACCUUGUGGCACGAGUACGGAAAACCUCUCCUCUGCAGCACCUCUGUACGUCCGGCAUACAGGACAGGAUCUCAGAGACAGUCUCCCACUGCCAGGAGAUUCUUGGAAUGUUCAGCAACCUCGGAUUUCAGCAGCACAUUGAAACAGCUCAUCAGACACAGAGACAGCUCGAGGCAGGGUUACUUGUUGUGGUCAGAACCAAACAUGUAGACCAGGUUGGGAAUGUGAUGCUGCAAGCCCAGGACCCAAAUCAGGCUUCACAUCGGAUGCUUCAACAAGACGCAAGAGCUCCUCAGGGUUGGCCUAAAAACAAGCAUGUGAACACACAGGGUGAAGCAACCAUUGUUAAAAUUGUUAAACCGCGUGUCGGAAUCCAAACGCUGCCUCUGCCAAUCAGGGAACCUCGUAUUCAAUCUCCUCUUGCUCAAACUGUAAAAGCAGCUGAAUCUAAGCCCAUGAUGCAGCCUCCGCCUUUUUCCAAAUCUAACGCUCAAGCUCCAUGUCCGAGUCAAAAUGAUCAACUUCAAACACCCCCAUCACAAACUCGGGUAUCGAUCUCCAGAAUAAAAGAGCAGCCAAACACUCAGAGUGAUAAAACACCUCCACAGCCGCCGGUUAUGGUCCGCAGUGAGGUUCAUUCAAAAGCCCAGUCCAUGGCGAGGAGCAGACUGGAGAAGGCCAGGUUUCGUCUGCAAGGACGCAUCCAGCAAGCCAUCAAGUUAUUUGGUGGCAAAGAGAUUUCGGCAUCACAAGCUAAGAGGAAACAGAGGGCUUUAAAGAUUCUGCAGCCUGCCAUCCUCGAGGAGUUCCUUGGAGCUGUGGAGGGUUUUGGGGCCUUUUGCACCGGGCCCCAACUCCAGGACUUGAUGCUUCUGUCUGACUCAGUCAGAAAGCAGUGGGAGGAUGUACUCAGAGAAAUGGCCGCCUUUGUUCCCAUCUUAUGGUCUAACAUCAGAGAGGGAAAGCGGCCAUUUUCUGUUGUGCAACGUGAAACCCAAACUAACGCUCUGCACAAUGCCACUGACCAGACUGACCAUGACUUUUUGCUGCAGCAGCAGGUCAUUGAAGACGGAGCUGCGUCUAUUGACGUCGAGUCACUCCAAGAACUGUGUGAAACACUAACACCGAGACAGUCCUCCUGCCUGGCAACGGACCAACUGAGGGAGUCAGAUGAAGCACAGGAACCACAACCCAGUGACACAGUGCUCCCAUCUGACUGCAGGGGACAGCAGCUCCAGGGAAACACCCCGCUGAGAGCGACUGGCGUGUCGGCCAACAUACAGCGCAGCAACAGUCUCCCACAGAAACAAAGCGUGGACAGCCAACAACAAGACUUGUCACCUGUGUGUGUUGCUGAGUCAGUGCUGCCUCGUGCUGAUACCCUCCAACUGCGAGCUCAGGAUGUCCCAACACAGAGUGAGGAUGUCCCGAUGCAGCGUAGAGGCCAGGGGUCAGAGAGCAAACUAAAGCCAUCACUUCGAUCCAAAGAGCAGCUGCUGAAAGCUCGUCUGCUGAACAUCACAGAGGACAACCAGCAAACCCAAGCUCAUGUACAGGUGGUUGUCAGAGGCGACACUGUGGAGACCAAGCAGGAGGCAGAGUGGACCGUCAUCUCAGAGACAGCCGCCCUACAGCAGGAAGAGCACUCCUCCAGGCAGGAAGCACAGGAAAGGUACAGAAAGUCCCGCUCAGCAUUUCAGUCUCAACUCCAGAGGAACAAGCAACAUUUGGAGGAGUUUAUCUUGGACCCUGUCACCAUCUCCACCCUGCAGAAUCAAAGGAAGCAACUACAGACUUUAAAGCAGGUGACGCAGGCACUAGCAUUUGAGUUUGAGCUCCAGUAUGCCCAGAUAUCCCGGUGCUCCCGUCUGAUGAGCAGGGAAGAUGUUGGUGAAGCGGAGAGAGACUGGGAGCGGCUCAGUCAGCAGUGGAGAGGCCAACUAAUGUGCCUACAGAGCAGGAUGACAUGUUUAGAGAAUACUACUGAGCUGAUGGAGUCUGCAGACGAUCAGAUGGCGCUGAUCAAAGGAAAACUGGACCGAAUCAUUAGAGAGUCUGUGGACAUCUCCUCCCUCACCCUGGCUGACUCCAGAAUGAAAUCUGAUUUAAAGGAGAUGGAUGUCAGACUGCGGUCUGAGGCGAGAAAGCUAUCAGAGCGAGGAGCUGAAGUGAAAAGACAGGAGCUGGAAGCCAAGUUCCCUUCAUCGCUCUGCCAGGCUCUCCGCAACACUGUCCAUCAUCUGGAGCAGCUCAGACAGCAGCUGGAGAAGGUUCAGUCUGCUGCACAGGCUCUGGAUCACUUCUUGGCUACAGUGCGGGAAGUCAAGGCCGAGAUCCCAACCCUGCUGGCAAAGCAGGACCCCAGCAGACAGCGAAAUCUGACAGACUGGGAGCAGGAGAGACACUGUUGGCAGGCAGCGAUGGAACAGAGGUUGCAGACCGCUGCGGAACAAUCUGACUGCGUUGACAGCACUUUAAAGGCAGUGGGGAUGACUCUGACCAUGGAUGGUGCAGCAGUGACGUGCCAGGAUGUGAUGACAUCAUUGUCCCAGCAAACUGUGGAUGUGGAGAAAGAGAUGGUGAGAGCCAAGAGGAGGGAGAGGAAAAGCGAUGAUUCACAACAUGAGGGGGAAGAACAGGAGCAGGACCAUCCCACUCUGAGUAGAAUGGAAGAGGAGUCGGGGUUGGAGGCCAAGAGGAGUAGGCUGGAAGAACAUGAUGAGGCAAAUAUGCAAGGGGAGGGAGACCACAAAGCUCAAACAUGGGCGUCUGAAGGGGACGUCUUAAAGGCCAAUGACCAGAGAAGAAGAAUAAGCAGCCAGGUUAAGAAAGAGGGAGAAGAGAAGGAGAGUUUGCUCCAGAGGAGAGUUGCCUUGUUGGGCACUCUGAGGGAGAUAAGGAGAGCAGCUGAGCAGCUGAGGUUACAGGAGCCCACCCUGCCUGCUCUGCAACACAGGACUCGAGCAUUGACAGAGCUGGAAAGUCGUCUUGCUGCCCACCUCGCUGAGCUGCAGCACAUGCAAGAUGCAGCUUUACAAUCAGGAAUCCCUGAUGGGAGUCAAACCAGAGAGGGGGAGGAUGUCUGGAAAGAGGCCGCAAAAGCUGUAUCUGAACGGCUGGAGCAGUGUUGCACCCUAACAGAGAUGCUGAAGAAGUUUCAGAGCAUUCGUGGUGAGCUGAGUGGGACACUGCAGAGGGCAGAGAGCACCAUCAGUGAACAGGCAUCCUACCUGGGAAAAGACAACCUGCAGAGACUGCACACUAAGGUGCAGGACACAAAAGCAGAGCUGAACAGCCUCGGGGACGGCAUAGAGGAAAUCCGCAGUAUCUGCAGGCAGCUUCACACUCAUCUACGUAAGAUCCCAGAGUGCACCAUCAUCCCAUUUGAGGACGAAGCGGAUGCUCUCAUGGACCGCUGGCUGGAUGUAUCAGAAAGAACAGAUUCCCGCCUUGAAAACCUGCACGUUGGCCUGACUCUGUGGGAUGGGGUCCUCGAGCUGGGAGCAGAUGUAGAGAGCUGGACCACCAAUAAAGUAGCAGUAUUUGCCCAGUCUCCAUCCUUUGAGACAGAGGACAACAUCAGGACCAUGCAGAAUGAAAUUGCAGCCCAAGAGGAGAAAAUGGAGCGUUUCCACAGAAGAGCAGCUGAGGUUCAGGCGCUGCUUCAAAGCACAGAGCCCCCUCUGGAGCUGCAGGUUGUGGAGACCCAGAUGAGGAAGAAGAUAGAGCAGCUGAAGGAGCUUGUUUCUGAAGCUGAGGAUGUUUACAGGCAGAUGGUGGCUGCAAAGGAACAAAUCACUGCCAGGAUGAGUGAAUGCUUCAACUCCCUCCAGAGAAUUCAAGACUCCCUUCUCACUCUCAGUGGUCUGGAUGUUGCAACAGUGCUUGCAAAGCUUAAGAAUCUAUUGUUUGAGCUCCAGACGCAGGAUGAGCAGGCAGAGAGUCUGCUGGAGGAUCUUCAGGUUAUGGCCUCCAUAGCGAGUUCAGUCAGCCUGCAGAGUCUGUCUGCAGAUGCCAUUCAGCUGCAGGAUAAAGUCAGAAACACCCACCAGCUCUUCUCUGAGGUGGACGAACAGACUGAGAGGAACAUCCAGGCUCAUGAUAGGCUGCAAAGGGAGGGUGAACAUUUGAAACAAUGGUUGCAAAGCGUUGAGGAAAGAGCAGCGAAGGAGGAGGACGUUAGUCUCCUGCAAGAGGAAGCACUUCAACAAAGGGCGAGGACAGAGGCCCUCCAUCAGCUUGUGUCUUCCUUACGGAGGAGCACACUUCGGCAGUGUGCUGUGGUGGAAGAGAGCAGCAAACUGCUGCAACGAUACCACAACUUUCAAACCAGCAGACUGCAUGGCUGUACAGAGAAGCAGAGCUCUCUGAGCAGGGAAUCCCCACAAUCCUGGGUUGGAGAUCUGAGACAAGCUGAUGACUCUCUAUUUGGUGAAGACCUCAGUAUGCAGAGUGGUGUGGAGCAGAAACUUCACCAUGCUCAAGCUGCGGUGAGUGCGACGACAGAGAAGGAGGCUCGCCUCGAAGAGCUCAGGGUUACUGGAGACUGUCUUAGCCACAAAAUGUGUGAUGAGGACAACGUAAAACUGGACAUUCAGGACACCACUGAGGAAGCAGAGGAGCAGGGGAAGGACCUCUUCCAGUCAGGUCAGCCUUGUCACAGUGCUCUACAACCUGAUCCAGACCUCACCUCCUCCUACCUGGAUGGAAAACAGCAGGCCUGCCGCAAAGUGGAGGAGCUGCAGCGCAGAACUGCUCAGCUCCCCACUUUGUUCCCGUGGCCUGGCACUUCUGAGCGCAGACAAACCUGCCUUGUAGCCCAUCAGCUGCAGGAUGAGGCUGAAUCCCUGCAAUUAACUCUUACCAGCCUGGCUGAGCAGAGGACAGAGGUGGCUGAACAAACCGACAACACCGGCGAUCCUUCCUCAGCUGAGGUGGACACUUGCUUGUCAUCACUGAUGGAGGAGGUGAAGGGUGUGUGUUCCCGCCUCGAGGAAGGUGUGUGUAAUGAGGAGCAUUUUGGCCAGUCACUGCAGGACUGCCGCCAUAAAUUGACAUCCCUUCAGGAAAGGAUGUCAGCCUGUCAAGCCCAGGAAGAAAGCUCAGCUGGACUGAUCACUGAUGUACCCGCUCUGGAGGCUUUGCUACAAGAAGUAACCGACAUAGAAAAAGAUCUUUUACAAAUAGUAACACUCAAGGACUCCAUCACAGCUAGUCUAACAGCGGAGGCCCAGGCCAGCCUCUCCCAGCAAGUCAGCAACCUGCAAAGCCACAAGAGGGCACUAGACAGCAGCAUCAAAGAACAUCUGGCCCUGCUCUCAGAAAACAGGAACCAGAGAGUCCAGCAAAUGAAGGAAGAGAUCUCCUGUGUGCAAACGGCUCUGAAAGAUCUGGCUGAAAAUCUGAGUGGGAACUGUGAAGUUUCGCCUGAUACCAACCAGCUUAAACAGCAGUGGUACACAUUACAGGACUGUGAUACCAGGCUGACAGAGCUGGCUGCAAGAGUUAAUGACCUGAAGAAGACUGGAGAGUUGGGCAUCUCUCAAGAGCCGCUGCAUGCUGAAGUCACUUUCACUGUUGAGGCUGUUGCUAAAGACCUUAACAGCAUCACGUCCGCUCUUCUACAAAAGAAGCAGGAGUGUGCUGAAAACACUGCUAACAGGGUGAGACAGCUAAUCAGCCAGCUACAGAAGUGGAGUCAAACAGUACGAGCUGAACCAUCAUCACACAGCCAGGUGGCUUUGAAUGAGGGUUUAAGACUUCAACAAGAUCUUCGUGAACUGCUGUCAGAACGAGAUAUUCUUCUGUACCGUCUGGGGAAAAAAGCGACAAAGAAACUGCAGAAAAGGGCCUCAGCUGCUCUCAAUGAAAGCACGCCUGCACUUGAAACCUUAUCCAAAUUCCUGGUUGCACAGGGCAGUCAAGGUCAUUGUGAAGUGGAGUUGGACAAAGAUUUGCCAGGCAGAGUUGUUGAAGAAACUUGUAGCAGCGAAAGUGAUGCACCGUACUUGGCUUCUGCUGAUGAAACUACAGCCAUGUGUCCUCCUGCUUCUCCAUCAGCAAUAAACAACAAAGAAAACUCUUCAAGUGAUCAGAAUGACAACAAACUUGAAACUAAAGGCCCAUUGGAAACAGACAAAGAAGAUGUCCCUAAGCAGUUCUCAUCUGCAGCGGAUGUUUUCAAAUCACAACAUUUAACAUCAACUCCACCAACAUUCAACUUAAAGACCUAUUCUUCUCGGGACGAGAAAUCUGAACCAUUGCAGGAGGACACUACCUCAACCCAGGACUCUAAGUCAACUAUAUACAAAGACAACACCAAAGAAAUCACUUCAGCACACUGUGUCACACCCCUGGUUGGAUCCCCAGGGACAAAGCCAGACAGCAUCCCUCUUUCUAACCCUGAAAGUGUGUCUGAGCAUUUAGCAGCACAAUCAGAGACGUUUAAAGCAGUCACAGAUGCUCAUGAAGAACACUGUGAGGACAUCGGUGUGACCCCAAAGAAGGUGUAUACAAUAAUGUUAGACAUAGAGCCACAGGACACGCAGAAAAUUGAAAGUAUUGGUCCAGAUGCACCCAGAUGUUCUCAGGGAGCAGAGCUUUGUGAUACAACGCUCACAGAAGUUUCAACUAUUCCUGAGAAAAAUUCUGGACUCUUAAACAGUCCUGAAUCAGACUUUCAAAGCCUUCAUCUAGCCGCAGAUACAGAUAUAUCGAAGGCACUUGCUGAUGCCCCAGAAACUGAGAAGUACCGUGAGGAUAUCAGUGAGAGCUCAGAUAAAGUGUAUACAAUAGUGUUGGACAUAGAACCACAGGACACACAGAAAAAUGAAAGUGUUGGUCCAGAUGCACUCAGCUGUUCACAGGGGCCAGAGCUUUGUGAUACAACGCUCACAGAAGUUUCAACUAUUCCUGAGAAAAAAUCUGGACUCUUGAACAGUCCUGAAUCAGACUUGGAGAGCCUUCAUCUAGCCGCACAAACAGAUACACUGAAGGCACUCACUGAUGCCCCAGAAAAGGAGAAAUACUGCAAGGAUGUCAGUGAGAGUUCAGAUAAAGUGUAUACAACAGUGUUGGACAUAGAGCCAGAGGACAUGCAGAAAAACGAAAGUGUCGGUCCAGAUGCACUCAGAUGUUCUCAGACAGCAGAGCUCUGUGAUACAACGCUCACAGAAGAUUCAGCUAUUCUUGAGGAAAAAUCUGGACUCUUGAACAGUCCUGAAUUAGAUUUUACAAGCCUUCAUCUAGCAGCACAAACAGAUACAUCGACAACACUCACUGAUGCCCCAGAAAAGGAGAAAUACUGUGAGGACAUCAGUGAGAGCUCAGAUAAAGUGUAUACAAUAGUGUUGGACAUAGAGCUGCCUGAUUUCAAGCCACAGGACAGUGUUGGAGCCAGUAGACCAGAUGUUCUCAGCUGUUCACAGGGAGCAGAGCUUUGUGAUACAAUGCUCACAGAAGUUUCAACUAUUCCUGAGAAAAAUUCUGGACUCUUAAACAGUCCUGAAUCAGACUUUCAAAGCCUUCAUCUAGCCGCAGAUACAGAUAUAUCAAAGCCACUUGCCGAUGCCCCAGAAACUGAGAAGUACCGUGAGGAUAUCAGUGAGAGCUCAGAUAAAGUGUAUACAACAGUGUUGGACAUAGAGCUGCCUGAUUUCAAGCCACAGGACAGUGUUGGAGCCAGCAGACCAGAUGUUCUCAGCUGUUCACAGGGGGCAGAGCUUUGUAAUGCAAAGCUCACAGAAGUUUCAAGUAUUCCUGAGACGGAAUCUGGACUUCUUACAACAUUGGUGAGUCCCGAAUCAGAUAAAACAGGCACAGAAAGUCAUUCUUUAAAGAGCUAUGCAUUAAAUGAGUCUCAAGUGACAGACUCGCUGCCAGAAAACCCCUCAGUAUUAGUAAGUACAGAGCUGGAAGAGGUAAAAUCCACAAGUGCCACAUCAUCAUGCAAGGAAAAGUCAGAAACCCCUAAAUUGAUGCACAGUGAGGUGUUGAAUUCCUCCAACUCAUGUGGCACUGUUGCUGAAUGUCAGCUCACCGGUGCACACACAGCAGAAACAACAUCUCCGGAUGUCAAACAAGAGGAGACGACAAAUUUCUGUCACGCUGCAGAGCAAACAAUGAGCUCAGUCUUUUGCACUGCGGAGGGAGAUGCCAUAACCGCAACACAAAUACCUGCUGGUGACAAUAAACAAAUGAAUGUUGCUGACACUGCACAGAGCAAAGGUACAGGACAGCUGGAGGUGGCAGAUGGAGAAAAACCAGAAGAAGCAAGUGACCCUGAACACCCGGAGUCCAAACUUUUAAAAGGGCCAAAAAGACGAGAAAAAGCUACGGCGCUGUUUGAAGAAAGUGAAUGGAAGGUAGCUGCAUCGCUGGAGGACACUGAGGUGACACAGAAACAGCGUCAGAGCCAAGAAAGCAUGGAGCCUGAGAGGACAGCGCCGGGUUUGGAAGCUGAUCUGCAGGCUUGGGAGGCGACAGGUAGAUCAACAGAGUCCUACAAACAAGAAUCCACCAUGCAGGAUGUUUUGUCUGAGAUCCAGAGCUUGGUGGAAAGAAGUAACAUAAUAAAUCGCACACCACACAUUGAUUUAAACUGGUACCUGAAGUCUUCUCCUGGUGAACCAGAGAUUCGCUUGGUACGAACUGUCCAAAAAGUUCUGGCAUGUCGCUACCAACCAGCACGACUCGAUGUCACUGCAAUGGCCAAACAACUGCAGGAGGCAGAGGACUACAGGCGCUGUGUGCAGGAGCAAGUGGCUACUAUCAAAAGCAUGAGUGGUGCCAGGAUUUGUGACCCAGUGGCCUUGAGAAGAGUUGAAGGACAGUGUUGUGCUGCGCUGCUGGAUGCCUCUGCCACAGUGCAGGUCAAAGCAACACAGCUUGAUCAGGUCAAACAGUAUCACAGACAGAUGAAGAUCACCAGAGCUUUCAUGGAGGUUGUAGCCACUGAGAAAGACAAAAUGAGCUUAAAUACUUUAGGAAGCAGCGCUCUUCAGGCUGACAAACUCCACGCCCUGCUGCAAACCAUGGUACAGAAAAAAGACAUGAUAGAUGGGCUCCUCCAGUUAAGUAGCCAGUUGUCGGUCCAUUUGAGCAACGCUGAGAGUUCAGGUGCUCUUCUUGCCCAGCUUGGAGAUGUCCAGGAGGAAUGGAGACUUUUAGAAGGAAGUAUCAAACGAGCUCUGCAGCUCGCCUCAAGCUCCACCUCUCAAUCCUCUCUCUUAAUAAAAGAGGCCGAACUGCUUAAAGCCAAGCUUGAAGCUCUCCAAAAAUCUGACUUUCAAAGCCACGAUGGCAAAAGUGCUUUAGAAUUUGUUUGUCUGACCACAGACCUCAAACUGUACAACCAGGUUUAUCUGCACUUACAGUCCCAGUCAGACGCUCUUGUGCAUUUCUCUCUGGGUCAGAAAGAGAAGGACGAGAUCAGACGUAAUCUUAAGGAACUGGGGUCCUUGCUAAAUGUCACCAAGACCAAGCUUGACACUUCCACAUUGAGCUGUGGCAGCAUUUCUUCUGCUAAGAUCAACAAGCAACUACAAGACCUGAUCAUAUGGGCCAAGCAGGCAGAAAAACACAUCUCUAUUGGGAAAAAGUUAGCUCUUUUCCCCGAGGAGGCUCGUUUUCAGAUUACUGAGAUGAAGAAAUUCCAAAAUGAUGUCUGGUUUAGAAGAUCAAAGAUGCAAGAAGAAGUUGAGCAUAUGAAAGAUGUAGUCUCUGAUAUGGAAAAGGAGGAAAGUGACCAUGUGUUGAAGACAGUAGAAGACCUGUAUGAGGCCAUUGCUGACAGCUUGGAUCAUGUUCUUGACACCAUGAAGAAAAAUCUGCAGGAGAGGGAGAAGCUUUUAUGCCAGCUCGCUAGCAUGGAUGCCUGGCUAGCAGAAACACAUGCUGAAAGAGAUCCCUGCACCCAUGUUGACAAUGUCUCAAAAGCUAACAUCAAAAAGCUGGAGAGCGAGCUGAAAAGUCACAAAUCAGCCACAGUGGAGAUCAAAAGCCAAAUGAAACAGGUGGAAGCAAUGGGAGAAAUUUGCAAGGAAAUAGCUGUAGGGUUGAGUCCAGGAGAGAGCCGCUACCUUGUCAACAGAUUGUCAGGCCUUUGGACAGAAUUAGAUGGAUUGUUAGCUCAUGAGAAAGCAGCCAGCUGGGAAUUGGAGGAGCUGAUUCAUGAGCGAACCACUUCAGAUGAGGAGUUAGCCACCAUCCAGGCUAGCUUAAAGCAAAUCUCCACCGAUGUGGAGCAACAAAGGUUCCCUUUAACACAGGAAACCCUUUCAACAAUUGCACAUUUGAAGCACAUGCUAAUGGAGCAUCAGUGUCAAGCACAAGAGCUUGAGCACUGCCAGGAGGCCAAGCGAAGCUCCCUACUGAGCACCAUUGGGGAACUGCAAGACCAGUGCAAAGCUCUGAGUAUUAAUGCUACUGAGCAAGACAAAUAUCUGCACCUGAGGAGACAAAUGGAGGAAUCUAGAGACAUUACAAAAGAGCAAAUCCAGCGUGCCAAAGAUAAAACAAUAAGUGUGGUAGAGAGGUUCAGACUGUGCCAAACACUCCUGGUUGAGCUUCCCCUGUUGAAGACACAGUGUCAGGAAGCAGCAGACCAAUUGGAGGCUGUAGCUCAGGAGUUGUACCCAUCUGAGCUGAAUGCAGAGAGGCAGAGGAUCCACCGCACUGUGGAAACUUUAGUCUCCUGGGAGUUCUCUGUCACAGAUGAUAUCAAAAAGCUAGAGGCCAAGCUUCUGCGAGGUCUGCAGUUUUCCUCCGAGCUUCCCAACUUAAAAGAGCUUUUCCUAACAACAAGAGCAGAGCUGGCGGAAGCCGAACCAGUAAAUCCAGAUGAAAGAGCCAUUGAUACUGCACUUAGAAGAAAUUGGGUUAUUUGGAGAAAUAUGGAGUCUGGGAUGAGGGUGUUGGAAGGUCUGGCACGGAAAGAAAAGGUUAACCUGAAGAACUACAAGGACCUGUACUCUCUUAGGGAUGCAACCAUGCGAGAGUGCCAUUUACGAAUGGAGAGUUUAUGCCAGGCGAGAGAAUCCCUGAAAGACUACCAGUGGGCUGCUCAGGGAGCAAUAGGCUUCCUUCAUAAUGCUGAAGCCACCUUCUUAUCAGCUACCGGAGGGUUUUUGGACUGUACUGAGGAGAAAAGACAGACCCAGCAGGCUCUAGAAGCCCUUGAAGAUGGAUUUCAGGCUCAUAUAAGCCACCUUGCAGACCUGGUGCCCCAACAACCCUGCCUCUCCCGCCCAAAGCAGCUUCACAUCAGCAUCCUCAGUCAGUUGUUGGUGGGAAGAGCCGUACUUGAGGCCCAAGCCCAGCUCAGGCUGGAGUCCUUGCAGAGGUGUGAAAUAAGUGGGCCAAGCCACAGGAAGUGCCAUGAAGACAUACGUCAGCGUCUUUCAAGGCUUGAAGCCAAGCUUUCAGACUGUGCCGCAGUACAAGUGACAUCGUAUGACAAAUGUGUCGCCCAACAAAAAAGAGCCAAACUUCUGAUGGAAGAUCUUCGCAGCCUCGCUGGUAAGAUAGAAGAACUGAGAGCUGGAUGUCCGAUGCAGGGCUGUGGGGUUGGAAAGGGUGGCGAGCUGGGCGCUUUCUGGAGACGCUGGGUAUCAUUACGCCGUGGUGUCGGCCUACUGAUGGCACAUACAGAACAGAGAGGAGAGGAAUGGAAGGACAUCACUACAAGUAUGGAGCAGUGCUGCAGCUUGUUGGCCAGUCUUCAAGCCGAGGUUCCUGACUCCUCCACUGUGAGCUUCACUCAAGAGGAGCCCCUGGAGCUUCUGGCUCAGGCUGAAAUACACCAGGCAGGGCUGGAGCAGGAGCAGCAGGCCUUAGCCUCCCUGGAGCAUCGACUGGAGCACGCCCUGAGCUUAUCUAGCUCCCAGGAGCCCAUCAGCCCCGGACCUAUGGGCAAAACACUAGUGAAGAUCCAAGAGAAUGUCAGGAGCUUAAAAGAAAGAAACCUGCUGGUGGUAGCUGCGGCUCAGGCAGAGGAGAAAGAGAGACAGCAGGUCCAAGAGGAGAUAGAAGAGUUGGAGCGACACAUGUUUGACCUUCUUCCUGCGCUGGAAGCCUGCUCGAAUCCAACAGAACAGCGGGAGCUCAGGAAGGAUCUGUCCUCCCAGAAAGCCAAAUUAAAGCGCAUCGUGGACGGUGUUCAGAGCCGGUACACUGAGAUACCAGCUGAUAUCAGCAGAAGGUUACAAGAAGUUGAACUGUCUCUACAAACAGAAGAGGAGAAGCUCAUGGAGAAGAGCGACCCGGUUCGGAAGUUGGCUCGUCAAGUGGCAGAGUUGGGCUCUAGCCUGGAGAAAGUGACGGAGUUACUGGACCAAAAGAGUGCAACAGUCAGUGACGCUCAAAAUGCACUCAAGCACGCAUGGGAUGAGCUGGAUGCGUGGCACAGCCGCUUGAUGCUCCUGGAGAGCGAGGUGCAGGAUCUUGCAGAGGAGCAUCCGGACCAAGCCCACCAACUCAUGGACCAACUCACCCACCCACUGCAGCUCUACCAAAACGCAGCGCAAAUGACAGAGCAGCGCACCGCCUUCCUCAGCAAGAUCCCUGAAUGUCUUCAGGAGUUUGAAGACAUUCUGUACGGCGCCACCUGCUGGUUAGACGAAGCCCAGUCAUGGCUCAGUGCUCCCUCCUGCUUCACAACAGCCAGAGGCCUGCAGAAUCAUGCAAACUCCCUGCAGCUGGUCCUGGACGACUCUGAGAGGAUCAGACAGGCGCUUGAGGACUUCAGGCCAGUCCUGGAUGAGAUUUCUGACGUGUGUGACAUCAGCACCCACAAGGAGAGGGUGGACCAGAAUGACCAACAAGUAGACAAAAUGCAACGCCAGAUCCUAGAGCCACUCGAGCAGCUCCUGCAGGCUGUUUCGGUGGUGGAGGCAAUGGAGGCAGAGCUGAAGACUAUGGAGAAGAACAUCCCGAAGAUCAGAGCGAUUUUAUCCUCUGUGGACGACUCCAACAUAUCUGUGUCGGAGCAUCUUCACAACCGACAGGUGAUCCUGGCCAACGUGCAGUCAAUGCGGAGGACACUGGAGGAGGUGGAGAGAUGCAAAGGAGAGCUUCACCUCCCAAAGGGAGCAGAUGAGAGCCUGCUGGUCUUCUCCAGAACCAGACUGCUCCUGCAGCCGCUCGAGGAGCUGGAACAACUCACCCAGCAACAAGCCACGCUGCUGGAGAACAAGAUUAGGGAGGAGGAACAAACCAGGAAGGAUCUUGGUAUCACUGCACUCUCUGAUAUUCCUGAGGAAGCACAGCAGCACGACAGAUCUGCGCUAAGACACUUAGUCCAGGAGGCUAUUGAGGUGACUAUUUCAGAGGAAGAGGAGGAUGAGGAAAACGAGAGUUGUCACUCGUCGUCCUCUGACACACUAACAUGCAGUAUUCCAGAGGACCUGGAGGAGACACUAAACGAUGUGCAAAGUGAAGAUUUAACAGAAAUUAAGCCACUGUCAGACGUUAAGGCACUGGAGACUUUGACUGGUCAGUUUUCCUCUGAAGAGGAAACAAGCUCAAAAAGUGCGGACACUGGGCUUUUAUUCGCUGUGCCUGGGCUUCAUUCAAAAGAGUUUGCAUCAGAAAAUGUUGAAACUGGAUUAAUUACAAUGGAUUCCAAAGCUGGCAAAGCAUUAACUCCUUUCAGUGCCACAAGAGGAUCUUGUGAGUUUAUAGAGGAGGGAAGCAAACAUUUGCCUUUGUCCGUACCUUCUCAUCAAGAUCUGGAUACUCUUAAUGUGUUAAAGGAGCAGAGUGAAGUCACCACGAGUCAAAGUAGGUUAUUUGAAGAAUCCCAACAGGCCCAGGAGUCAUCUGAGGUGCCAAAGAGCUCGGCUGGAUAUGAGGAAGAUGAGCAGGAGUGGCUGAGGUGGAGUCGACUUUAUACCCAGAUCUCUCAGAAACUGACCACUUUGAAAAAGGUUAAGGAGGAGCAUCAGAUCGGCUCAGGGGAUGGAGGGAGCCAUGAUGAGGAUCCACAGAGGGAGCUGGCAUCAACUGGGUCUGCUUCUGCUGUUCUCCAGCGGACACAUGACUCCAUCACCAAGCUGAAGCAAAUAGUGAGCUCUCCAGGUGAAAAUAAGGAGUUGUACGAAGCUGCACGAAAGGUCCUCCUCUGUCUGGACGCUUUGACUGACCUUGUGUUAACAUCUGGUGAAGAUGAUCCCCAGCUGAGGCUGCUGCAGCAGGAGUGUGUGUCGACUGAGCUGGUGACUCUGGCUGAGCUGUUGAGCAAAGUGGAGUCUGAGACCAAACCUGCACUUUCGGGGGAAAAACCACAAGCUCUCCGCUGUCUGAGCUCCCUUCAGGAGUGUCUACAAACCGUACACCCGGUCCUCACCUCAUCCCACAGUCAGCUCAGUGAACAUCUGGGCAGACCACACCAACAUCAGGAGCUCUCCUCCAGUCAACUGUGUAUUCUGGACGAGUUUGAACCUGAACAUAGUGAGAUAUUCCCCAGCAUAAAGGAUGCUCCCAGAUUGGAGCAGUGUGUGCUGGGCCGACAUCUGAGGGAGAGUCCAGGGGAAAAAGCCAAGCUGCAGCAGGCUUCCUGGUCCUUGCUUCAGGGGAUAACUGGCCUCCUGGAACUGGGUGAAGAAUGCUUAACAAAGGGGCAGAAGAGCCAGGUUCACAACCGCAGCCAACUUCAAGCCGUCCUCUGCAGACGCAAGAAGCUCCUGCGGGUCCUCAGGUCUCAGCUGGCUUUCGUACAGCAUCUGUUCCAACGUGAGCCAGAAGCACUCAAGUGUCAGGAGGAUGAGCGGGUACAGCUGGAAGUCAGAGCCAAAGCUUUGCAGCAACGGGCUCUGGAACAGGAAGUGGCUUCUCAAAGGAGCAUCCAGGAGUGGACCCAGUGGGAGGAUAAUUGUGGUGGACUCAGCCGGUUGCUGGAUGAUGUUGAAGCUUUCAUCAGCAGCGGGGAACCAGAGGGAGACGAUGAGAAGUUAGCGCAGCACCGACAAGAUGCCUGCCAGCAAACACUGGUCCAGCUGGAUGAGAGCAGAGCUGCUUUAGGACUGCUCCUGGAUCAGGGGAAGGUGCUGCAGACUGAGCCAGAGUUUGCUGCCACGGUCAGUCAAGCAGGAGGCGCUCUGGAGCUGCGGUGGCAGAGCGCCUACAGACGGACUAAACAGGAGAGUAAGCGCUGCAGAGAUAUCCAGGACAGACGCACCAGAUUCCAGGCUGACUUUGCCUCUGUCAGUAAAUGGCUGGUUGAUGCCAACAAACACCAGAAGACUUGGUCAGACUUGACCGAAACCUCUGACCUGAGCCAGGAGUGUAUUCACAGCAAUCUGAUCGAGUUGCUGGAUUUUUCCAUUGAGACUGAAGCCAUGUCCGUGCAGAAGGCGGCUGCAUCUAGGGAAGCUGCUCAGCUGCUCCACCUGAGGGAAGCUGACUGUCCCGUGCUGAGAGCUCAGCUCGCCCAGCUGGACGUCAACUGGACCCAGCUGACCACUGAUCUGUCCAAGACACAAGACCGACUGCAGCAGCGGCUGCUGGCAGCGUGGCCACCGGGGAAGCUGCUGUCCAACCUGGAGGGCUGGCUGAAGACGCUGGAGGCUCGGCUGAGCCAGGAGAAGGAAACAGUCCUCAAGGCCAAAGAUGCUGCUCAGAUCACUGAAGUCUUGCAGCACUACCAGGAGCUGAAGGUGGGCGUGGUCAAUGGGCAGCUCCUUCUUGAUUUCCUGUGCCAGUCUGGGCCUCAGGUAGUGGGUGCAGACAUCCAGGCUCUGCGCUCAGAACGUACGAUGUUUGCAGAGGAACUUGGUGCCCUCAGACUGCAGUGGCUGCACCUACAGAGAGAGUUGGAGAGCCAGACUCGUGAAGCUGAACAGAUGCACCACACAUGUGCAGACAGAGAGAAGCGAUUACAGCAUCUUCAUGACUGGAUCGAGCAGCAGAAAGAGCAGCUGGAUCAGUGCAAACAGCCCACCAGUCAAACUCUGGCUUGUAAGGCUCUGCAGGAGUGGGAGGCUGUUGUGGGCAGGGUGAAGGAGGUGGAUGCAGCUUUGCAGGAGUUGAAAGCCACACGAGUGCAUGUUGGACACCCUUGUGAUAUCUCCUUCUCUGGCCGGACGGAGAGUGUUUGUCACGCUUGUGGGGAUCUUAGUCAACAGAUGGACGCUCUGCGACCAUCUCUGCAGCAGACUUUGGAACAGUGGAGUUGUUUUGAGAGAGGUCUGAAGGAAGUUUCUCUGCACACCACCAGGGUGCGCUGUGCUCUGCAGCACCAGCCUCUGUUCUCACUGAAGCAGGCAGAGGGACAUUUAGACCUCCUCCAGCAACUCCAGGAGAAGGCUGGAAAAGGGGAGGAGCUUUUGGUGUACGUGGACAAAUCUUAUCAGAGUCUCGUGAAGACUCUUCAUCCUGGAACGGUGCAGACACUGGAGGAUCAAAUGAGAAGAGAGAGAAAACGGUGGACGGACUUGGUGCAGGAGUUGAAAGAUGAGCACACGAAGACUGGAGAGACACUUUCCCUCUGGCAGGAGUACGCUCGCCUCUCAGAUCAGUGCUCCCUUCACCUGCAGACACUGUGGCAUCGGUGGGAGGAGUUACCAAGAUCUUCUCCUCAGCAGGACGCACAGGCCGUGCUUCACUCAGUGGAGAAGUUGCAGGAUGCUGCAGAGGAUUUGCAAAGCAGUGUGGGAGAUGUGCUUGCAGCUUCCAAGCCUCUUGUUGGACGUCUAGAACCACCGGCUGCAAAUAUAGUCCAAUCCGAGACCAGAAUGCUGUCACGUGACAUCCUGCUGCUGAGUCAGGCAGUGUCAGGAAAAAAGAAGAGUGUUCAGGAGGAUGUGGAGCAACAGAAACUUUUCCACACUCGACUGGAGGCCCUUGAAAAGCAGACACAGGACACACAGCAGAAACUUAAGGCCAGCUUGAGUGACACAGACUCUGUAAAGCAGGUUCUCCUGGAACUCAGUGAAAUGUUUCCAUCACUGGUUGACGUCAGGGAAACAAGUGCUUAUGUGACCAUUAACAACCGUGAGGCAGAGAGACUGCACAUGCUCAGCAGGCAGUGGGUUCAAAGCAUGAUGCGCGUGUCUGACACCAACAGAGCUCUGGAGGCUGAGCGUCAGCGUUCUCAGAACUUUCAGGAGAAGUGUAAAAACCUGACGUCUACCCAGAAGAAGUUGGAGGAGGAGUUGAUGUCAAAAAAACCUCAGAGUCUCUCCAGCCUCCAGGAGAUGCUGAGUGUCCAUCAGAGGCUUGAGGCUGACAUUAUUACUGGACACCAGCUUCUGCAGGGUCUUCUCUGUCAGGCAGUCGGGUCCAUGGAAACAGCAACGGGGGAGAAAAGAUCUGAACUCAUGGCACAAGUGAUCUCUGUGAGGGAGAGCUGGUUCAACUCUGUCACUCUGGCCAGCCAGCGCAGGUCCUUGACAAAAGAACAGCUAGGCCAGUGGAGAGUCUACCAUCGUGGCUCCAAACUGUUGUGGAAGCUGUUGAGGGACGUUGACCCUUUGCUGCCCCCUGCUGGACCUACUCUGUGCGCAUUGCAGCAGCUGCGGAGCUGCCUGGAUGAUAACCAGUGUGUCGAAGAUGCUCUGGGUCAGCACACCGCAGUGUAUGCCCAGACGCUGGAGGCUGGCAGACAUUUAUGUGAAACCAUGACAGAGUCUGAGUGUCAGAGCAGACUGCAGUCAGAGCUCCAGGCCAUACAGGAGGCCUGGGAACGAAGCGCCCCACUGCUGGAGAGGAGGAGAGACCUGGUCAUGACAGUUGUUCAGAAGUGGUCUCAGUGUCAGGAUGGGAUCACCAGAAUCACGUCUGAACUGGAUGAAGUGAAAAACAAGCUGGAGCAGCCGUUGCCUGAGAGACUGCAGGACUCAGAGAGCGAGACACACAUUCAGGAGACAGACCUCUCUCUGCAGCAUGUGGCCAGUGGAUUUAAGGAAUUGGCCACCAUGAAGACGGACCUGUCCCAGUACGUCGCGGCUGGUGACUCGGCUCUGCUAGAGCAGCAGCUGGAACAACUCCACGCGCAGUGGGAAGAGCUGUGUAUGAAGGUAUCCUUGCGCAGGCAGGAAAUCGCAGACCGCCUCAACGCCUGGACCAUCUUCAACGACAAGAACAAAGAGUUCUGCGAUUGGUUGACUCAGAUGGAGAACAAGGUCUGCCACAGCGGAGAUCUGAGCAUCGAAGAGAUGGUGGAGAAACUGAAGAAGGACUGCAUGGAGGAAAUCAACCUAUUCAGCGAGAACAAAAGCCACCUGAAGCAGCUGGGUGAGCAGCUGCUGUUAGCCAGCGACGAAGCCAAGCAGACGCAGGUCCACGGCUCGCUGCAGGAGGUCAACCAGCGUUGGCACAACCUCUUCCACGACAUCGAAGCCAGGGUGAAGAAGCUGAAGGAGACUCUGGUGGCUGUGCAGCAGCUGGAUAAAAACAUGAGUAACCUCCGCUCGUGGCUUUCUCGCAUCGAGGCUGAGCUGUCCAGACCCAUCACCUACAGCGUGUGUCACCACCAGGAGAUCCAGAGGAGGCUGGCUGAGCAGCAGGAGCUGCAGAGGGACAUUGAGCAGCACACGGAGGGCGUAGCGUCAGUGCUCAGUCUGUGUGAUGUUUUGCUGCGGGACGAAGACGCUGCUGGCGGCACUGAAGCAGAGAGCGACUCCCUGCAGGAAACGAGCCGCAGCCUGGAUCAGCGCUGGAGGGCCAUCUGUGCUAUGGCCCUGGACAGGAGGCUCAGGAUCGAGGAGACUUGGAGACUCUGGUGCAAGUUCCUCGAUGACUACUCGCAGUUCGAAGAUUGGCUCAAGAUGGCCGAGCGCACCGCUGCCAACCCCAACUCCGCAGACGUCCUUUAUACCGUCGCCAAGGAGGAGCUCAAGAAGUUUGAGGGUUUCCAACGGCAGGUUCAUGAGCGGCUCACCCAGCUGGAACUGGUCAAUAACCAGUACCGCCGCCUGGCCAGGGAAAACCGCACUGACCGAGCCAGCCAGCUCAAAGCCAUGGUCCAUGAAGGCAACCGGCGCUGGGACACCCUGCACCGCAGAGUGGCCGCCAUCCUCCGCAGACUCAAGUAUUUUACCAGCCAGAGGGAGGAGUUUGAAGGCACGAGGGAGAGCAUGCUGGUGUGGCUGACUGAGCUGGACCUGCAGCUCACCAACGUCGAACACUUUUCAGAGAGCGACGUCCAUCACAAGAUCCAGCAGCUCAAUAGCUUCCAGAAGGAGAUCACCCUGAACACAGAGCGCAUUGACGGGCUGAUAGUGUUUGGAGAGGGUCUGAUCCAGAAGAGCUCACCGCAGGAUGCAGCGCUAAUCGAGGACGAGCUGGAGGAGCUGCACUCCUACUGCCAGGAGGUCUUCGGCAGACUGGUCCGCUUCCACCAGCGCCUCAGCCAGCCCUCGGCGAUUAAAGAAGAGCCAGAGCUCUCUGCCACCGCCUUGUCCUUGGAGUCGAGCUUGGAGCUGAUUGGCCGACCAUGGCUUGGACGAACCCAAGGAAGCCUCCCAGCUACGCCCAUCCACCUAAUGGCCUCUCCGUUAAAGGGUUCAGGAUGGGAGACACCAGUGAGUGUGGACUCCCUGCAGCUGGAGUGGGACCACACCGGAGACGUGGGAAGGUCAUCGUCACAUGAGGAUGACAAGGAGGAGGAAGACGAACACGAGGAUGACAGAACUUACUUCAGCGCAUUAUCAGAGGUGGAGUUGUCUGAGAGCCAGGAGGAGUUUGUCGAGGCCCCGGAGGUCCUACUAGCCUCCUCACUGGUUUCAAGCAGGUCUUUGGCCGUACACGAUUCUCCUAGAUGGCAAUCACAGGGAGACCCAGAAACACAGUCUCUGCAGCUGGACUCAGAGGGUCACACUCAGGCUCCACCUACCCUCACCAGCACCCCUCUGAAGCAGGGCUAUUUGCGUCUCAUGUCUCAGUGCAGCGGCAGCAUCGAGGACAUUAAAAGAGUCUCACUGAUCCUGGAUGAUGAGGAGCAGCCAGAGGAGCUCGGUCUGACAGGACUGACUGCCUCAGACCAACAGUCAGGUGUGAUUGAACGCUGGGAGCUGCUCCAGGCUCAAUCCAGGAGUGACCAGCAAGCCGGCCCUCAGGAGCCCCGACAGCUCACAUCUGACCUCGACGAGAUCACUUCCUGGUUAGGAAACACUAUCCCAGAGCUGGAGCGCCUCAAGCAGUCUGACCCAGCAGCCAGCAUUGAGGACAUGGCAGCCAGAGCCGUAGCAGUAAAGGAGAUGCAGAAGAAGUUCACCCACUAUAAGUCCAUCAUGCUGUCUGCCAACCUGCGAGCACAAGAAGCUCCAGAGCUGCAGGAGAGGCUGGCCGGUAUGAACCGAGACUGGAGCCGAGCAUGUACAAGCCUCCAGCAGUGGGACACCAGUCUGAGGAAGACACUGAUGCGCUGCCAGGAGUUUCAUGAAACCCUUCAUUCUCUGCUGCUGUGGCUGGCCCAUGGAGAGAGCAGACUCUAUGCAGUGGACAUCAGUGACCCAGACACACCUGUCCAAGCCCUGCGACAACACCACAGCACACUCACAGAUCUGCAGGAGGAGCUGCAGGGCAGACAAACUCAGCAGGCCUCCCUGCAGGCUCUGUGGUCUCAGCUGCAGCCUGAGGACGAGGCCGAGGAGAGCAUUGAGGCCCAGGAGAAACUACAUGUGACAGGUGGCAAACUGAAGUCGCUGCUGAGGCGGGUGGACCAGGACCUCGGCACCCUGCAACAGCGUCUGGAUUGUGAGUCUGCAUCAGAAGCUCAAGGCCAAAGCACCUCUGCAGAGCCAAAGAACAGUUCGUCUUCUCAAAGACAGAGGAGGGACUCGUCUCCGCCUCGUUCAUUCUUCUACCGGGCACUCCGUGCUGCCUUCCCCCUCCAGCUCCUCCUGCUGUUCCUCCUGCUCCUCCCCUGUCUGAUACCCCUGUCAGACAGCGAGCCCGGCUGUGCUGCGACCAACAACUACGCCUGGUCCUUCUACCCCACGUUACACUAUACCAACGGCCCACCACCCACCUGAUGUAUUUGGGAUGUGAAAAAAAGAGACUGAGAACACAGUGAGAAACACAGGCCACCUUUAUAACAAACAUGUAAAAUGAUGAAGCAACUGUCUUCUAAAAGAAAAAAGUCCAAAGUGCAGAAAAUGUAUUUCUGUUUUUAAAGAUUUGAUCUUACAAUAUAUUUAUUUUGAAUCAGCCAGAAAAAACGUAAACAAAAAUGCAGAUGUUGUAGUUUAACAAUGCAGAGAUCUGAACACCGUCCACAAGAGUGUGUUGGAGCUCUUCCUUUGAGGAGGCACAGCAGAUGGGAUGUGUUGACACGUGGAGCUAAAGCAGCAUACAUACUGUAGCAGUGGCAGGAAGGAGCUAAUGCAGAGGCUUGCGAACAUCUUCCAUGAGGUGGAAACAAAGAUGACAUCACAGUAUUUUCUUUCACUGAACAAGUUGUUGCUCAGCUUCUAUCAGUUCAAAUGUAAAUAAUCGUUUUAUGAACUGUUGACCUUUAAUGUUGUCUGACUCGAACCAGAAAACAAAAAGCAUGCUUGAUCUGUUUUUAGGUUGGACUGAAGUUUAUUUUUUACAACAAAAGACACUGGUUAAAUUUGAAUGUAAUCUUUAUAAAGCCAACCGUACAAAGUCAUGGCAGUUUCAUACACACAGAUGUAUAUCCAUAUUUUUUUAGAUGCCUUUCUUUUGUAGACUGUGAGCGUGUGAAUGGCUCCAAGUGCACUGUUGAAACACUGUAGAGUUAGCAGGAUGACGUGUAUGUACAGAAUGUAAUAAUAUAAUGCUUUAUUUAUAACAAACAGUGGAUUUAUGCUCUGGAUGUUCUGGUAGUAAACACUGAUUGUCUUAACUGUUGACUCAAGGCAUUGUUUUUUUUUUCAUUUUGCAUAAACUCCUGAUGAAGAAACGAAUAUAUAGAUAUACUUUUGACAAAAGAUACAGCACAUGCUUUGGUCAGUGAGGAGGCCAUUGCUCUCUGACCCAACGCCAACACAGCUCAGAUGUUUAAGGAAUGAAGUUACAUUUAAAACCCCUAAACAUGUAAAGGAAUGGGUUAAUUUGGGAGCUAUGAUUACGUAGAUGAGAAGAUUGAUACUAUAAUGAAAUCUCAUGACUGCACGUUAAGUACAGAGCUUGAGUCUAGAGGCAGUUCAGGCUGGAGAAAUCUUGGCUUAAUUUUUACUUUCUAGAGCUUUCAGCUCUCAGCGCUCACAACAACAUACAUGUACAAAAAUAAUUUUGGAUUUUCUUCAAGCAAAACUUGGCAGGAGUGCAGUGUUGUCUUAAGAGCAACAGUGGUUGUGAUUCUUCUCAGAAAACAAGCGAAAAGUUUUUGACAAUAAAUCCAGGACUGUACAAGGACAACUGAAGAAUACUCUCAGGUCUGAGUGUGUGUGCUGUAAAGCGCCCUCUAGUGCAGUGGUUCCCAACCUUUUUCUUUAAGAGACCUCUUUUCUAUCAUUGAGUAAACUAAUGACCUCCGACUAUAUGACAUAUUUCAUAUCAUAUUCAAUACAUAACAAUAACAGUACAGACAACUGAUUAACUGUGUAUACAGUGAACACAAUAACUGCAAGACGUUUGUGUAAAAUGAGAGAUUUGGAUGCAUUUUAAGCAGAUUACUGAUGAUAGACUUUUUUUCCCCCCUUAAAUUCAGUACACCCCUGAUGUGUGGCAGCUUUGUGUGCUUGUGUUGGGUCUUUACUGUGUUCUUAUCCUGUGAGGUGUUUGUUUUAAGAUUAAAUCUUGACUAAUGAUCUUAAAUAUAAAAAAAAUCAACUUCACUUAGUUUUUUAAACCAAAAUUAAUGAAAUGCUCAGAUGAAGGCCUACUGUUUAUUUUAAAUAAAAAAAUGUUCUUACACCCUCACAAUGCCCCAUGAAGCUUUGGGGACCCUUAUGCCUGGUUCACACUACAUGACAUUUCUGUCUGUUGCAUUAGUCACUGCGUCACAUUACGCGAUUGUGGAGUCAUAAAAUCGUGCUGUGACUUGGCCGACAGACACAACACACGUCUUUCACUAUGCGUGUGAUGUCAUCGGGUUAUUCUUGUAAUAUUUUUUUUAAUUACUAUCAUUUUAGUCACUGUGUCUGUUCACGUGCCAGCCGAAAUGUUGUUGUAGUCACCUAAAAGCGUCAGCAGAUGGCAGGAGCUACAUUUGAAGUACCAUAUGCAAACAUACAUGUCAGUGAAUCCUGCACAACAAGUUCCUGCAAAUGUUUCACAAUAAAAGAUUUUUUUAAAAAUGGAAGGAUUCUCUCAGCUGAGGUUAUAAGGGGCUUUUAAUUUGAAACAGAUACAGGAAGUGUUGAGUUUGAAAUGACGGCGCCAUGCAUUCACGUUAUCAAGGCAAUGGUAGCGGAUACAAAGUAAAAAAUAUUAAGAUAACGGACCGUCUAUAAUGUAGUCUGUUUCAAAUGAAGCUGGGAGCCUCUGCAGCUGUGGUGAGUAAAAGCCACUGUUAUUUCAUUUUCUUACUUUAUGUCCAUCUCUAUUAUGAGGACGUAACAUUGUUUGCUAGCUUAAUGCUAAUGACAGUAACGUUAACUCAGCAGGUUGACAAAGUGCCUCUGCUGUUUCACACCAUCAUUUCCCCUAGGGCUGGGCGAUAAAUCGAUUUUAUCGAUUAAUUCAAAUUUGUAGUUAAAGACGAUUUAUUAUUAAUGAAAAUCGGCUUUUUUCCACUUUUUUCUUUAACUUACACCGUCGGCGCUCCCCUUGGGCUCCCAUAGGUCAGAGUGCGCUGACCCCUCCCCCCGCCUCUCCACAGCUGCACAGUACACAACAAGGCAGCAAGCGGAGAAGAGCUCGUCCCCAAAAAAGGCCUGGUAUCGUCGGUUAUUUGGAACUGGUUUGGUUUUAAUGUGUCCGACAUCGAACAACCCACGACCCGCUGCAAAAUCUGUCUGAAAGCUGUUGCAACCAGGUAUGUGCUACCAAGCCGCAAGUAUUUUGCCGCAGUUGCCCUGCCUCACCUGUACAACUGUGCACGGGAAAGGAUCGCUAGAGAGCUGGAGGAGGUGUCGUUUUACUCCACCACAACAGACCUAUGGUCCAGCUGAACAGUGCAGCCCUACAUGAGCUUGACUGUGCAUUUUAUCAACAACAACUGGGAUGUGCGAAGUGCCUGCCUCCAAACGGCUUAUUUCCCCGAUGACCACAAAGGUGAAAUAAUUGCCCAGGGGCUAAAGGAUGCUCUGAGCUCCUGGAAACUUCCUGAAGAGCGACUCAUCUGUAUGACGACAGACAGUGGCACCAACAUAAUUAAAGCUCUCAAAGACAAUGAGUGGCCCAACCUCCAAUGCUUUGGACAUAGACUGCACAACACUAUAGGUAAGAGUCUAAUGGGCAAUGAUGCAUUCAAGUGAUGUGGAAAAAAUGGUCAACACGAAAAUGUAAUAAAUUCCCAAUGAUGUAAUGAGGCAUUACAUUAUCAGUCACCUAACCUUUAUAUCAACAAGUUAAACAUUACAGAGGCUGCCAUCAUUAAACAGAAAACAUCAGUGUAAUAAUUAAACACAAUAGGCAGUAGGCAGCUAGCUGUACUACUGCAUAUUUGACAAAUGUUAAGUCCACUUCGCACUGCCUCUGGGCCCGUUACAUGGGUACACACUGCCUUCUAGUGGUCAAAUGCUUUAAAUUACCUCCUUUUCAAUUAAACAAUUAACAUCUUAAAUUAGUCAAACUAGAAAUGAAAACACCACACAAUAUACAACUAUACAGACUAAUAAUCAUUUCUAUUAGUAUCAGUAUUUCAUGCCACAGUAAAAAUUGUUUCGUUUGUGUUUUCUUUCUUUAUUUAUUACACAGAGAAUGGUGUGAAGGACCCACGGAUCGAGCGUGCCGUUGGGGUUUGUAAAAAGGCUGAUGCUGCCUUUUCCUAUAGCUGGAAAAAAAGAAGAGAGAUGGGUGAAGUACAGGCUGAGCUUGGUCUACCCCCUCAUCAGCUAAUAACCCUAGUCCCCUACCAGAUGGGGUUCACGACAAAAAAUGAUAGAGAGAUUUCUGGAACAGGAGAAGGCCAUAGCCCGUGUCCUGGGCGCAGACAAGAAAAGUCGGCAUCUCGUGCCCACAUGGCAAGACAUUGAGGUUUUAGAAUCAAUAAAUAAAGCUGUCAAACCACUCCAAGACUUUACUGACGUCCUGUCCGGGGAGGGUUAUGUUUGCGUUUCCUACAUUAAACUGGUGCUCCAUUUGUUCAAAACCAGUGUCCUACAGCCAGAGGAAGAAGAUACCGAGCUCACUAAAACUAUUAAAAAAAACAUUCUGCUGUACCUUGAGAACAAAUACAGCAACCCUGUGACGCAUGAACUCUUAGACAUGUCCUCACUGAUGGACCCCAGGUUCCGAACAACCUAUGUUGAUCCAAGAAAGGUGGAACAAGUAAAAAAAAAAAGAGCAGUCACUGAGCUGUUGUCUCUGCCUGCUGAAAAAAGUACACCACAGCAGCCUGGUCCAGCUGUGCAGGUGCGCCAAGAAGCCCAGCCUCCACCCAAUAAGAAAAUGACUUUAGUGUCCUUCUUCAAGCAGAGUAUGCCAGUGCCAUCUCCCCACCAGUCAGAGGGAGGGAAAGUAGAGACUAAGCUGGCAACCUACCUGCUGACCCCUGAGGCAGACCCAGACACUGAUCCACUUGAGUGGUGGACGCGCCACAAACCAAACUUCCCAAGGCUCAGUAAUCUGGCCAAAAAAUACCUUUCUGUCUCUGCUACAAGCGCCCCGUCAGAGAGGGUUUUUAGUGUGGGGGGUGGCAUUGUUACUUGCAACAAGCCAGAGGUAGCAGACAGGCUUGUUUUCCUUGCCAAAAAUUUGUAAGAAGAAAAAAGAAACUAAAGACAGCAUGGCAAGCACCUCAUGUCCUGUAUAUCUUCUAAAAUUUGAUGUUGACUAUGCGAUGCAUGCAGAUGUUUGAUGAUUCUGUUUACAUAUUCAGGGAUACAAAAUAAUCUUUGUAUACAAGAGGCACCUUUGAUUUAUAUGCACAUGUGAACUUUAAUGAAGGUUUUGUUUACCAGUGAGGAAAAUUAUCUAUUUUUGUAACGACAUGUUAAAUGUUAAUGUUUUAAAAAAGUGUUUUAUCAGAAAGGGACUCAUUUUUUUCAAGAGGAAGCACUUUUAUUUGUUUAUUUUACGUUAGGUUGAAGGUGCGCUGUAUCACUGUCAAAGAAGUGAACGUUUUCUUAGUUAUGUUUUCAAAACUGGGAGAUUAGGUCCCUGGAAGUUGGGACAUUGUUUGAAGCCAGUAGAAAGCUUGCUGAAAAGUUUGAUUUUUGCUGUUGUUUACAAUGGCAGGGCCUGCCAUCUUGUUUAUAAGCUUGUUUCAAGACUUGUGUUUUGUUGCACUUUAGCCCUAAUGGGAAAUUUUGUUCAAAUCCCAGAUGGGAAAAUCAAAACAAAAUAAAAGCAAAACUUGUUUUGAAUAAUUUCUUUGUCAUUUGUAGUGUGUUUUUAAGAAGGAAAAAAAAAAAAAAAACGAAACGUAAAUCGGCUUUGGUGUGAAAAAAAAUCGGAGAUUUUUAAGCCAUAUCGCCCAGCCCUAAUUUCCCCCUUUUACUCUGCAUGGUAACAUCCCUAGAGGAAAUAUCAUAAAGGCUGGGGUGUUGUUGCCCUACAGUGUGUGUGUGUGUGUGUGUGUGUGUGUGUGUGUGUGUGUGUGUGUGUGUGUGUGUGUUAUA